UUUGAAAGUAUUCUAGAAGGCCUGUUUGGACCUGGAUUAUUAAAAGAUCUCAGUUUGUUUAAAGACUGUGAGCCUGAAGGUGUUUCUGAUUGGUCUUUUGAUGAAAAUUGUCUUUUCUGCUGCCUGAGAAGAGAAAAAGUGAAGGAACACUUAGUCAGUCUGGAUGAGCCAGCCUCGGAAGCUGGACAAGAAGCUCUGCUUAGACAAGAGCAAGCAAAAAUCAUUCGUUUUGAAAGGCAAGCGGAAGAGUUCCUCAAUGCAGUCUUUUACAGAAAAGACAGUCCUAGGGUCUCCGACCCCAAUAUUCCCCUAGUGGCCCGUGAGAUCAUGCAGCGAAUGAUCCGACAGUUUGCUGCUGAAUAUACCUCAAAAAAUAGCUCUACUCAGGACUCCAGCCAGCCCAAUAGCACAAAGAACCAAAGCCUGCUGAAAGCAUCUCUGGUCGCCUCCUCUCCCACGGCUGCAACUGCUCAGAACCCUGUGCUCAGCAAACUGCUCAUGGCUGACCAAGACUCACCUCUGGACCUUACUGUCAGAAAGUCUCAGUCAGAACCUAGUGAACAAGACGGUGUGCUUGAUUUAUCCACUAAGAAGAGUCCUUGUGCUGGCAGCACCUCUCUGAGUCACUCUCCAGGGUGCUCUAGUACUUCAGGAAAUGGUGAGGAUCCAGCAGAGACAAUAGCAAUAGACUCUAACAAUCAGCCGAAGUCUCCACUGGAAAAAUUUAUGGUCAGACUGUGUACACAUCACCAGAAGCAGUUCAUUCGUGUGCUAAACGACAUAUACACUGAAGUACAACCAGACUCUGACGGCCAGCAGUUAUCUGAAUCUGAGAGCAUGGAGGCCUCUACUUGUGGCUCUGGUUGUAGCCAGCGAAGCACUGAAAAUCAGGAUAAGGGUGCUACUUGUACUGAAUCUAAGCUCCCUUCUACAUUGGACCUAGGACAGUCAGGGGCUGAUGGCCCCCUGCAUGCUACGGGACAAGCCCUGAAGCAGCCAGUGGAACUGAAGUCUGUGGACAGAGCAGAGAACUCCAGUCCUGCUUUGAGGAGGGACUUCUGCGAGCUCCCCAUCACCAGGCUUCGCUCUGCUAGUCCAAAGGAUAGCCCCACCCAAGCAUACCUCAGCACGUUGAACUCUUCCUCCUUGAAUUUACAUCAUGCCACAAAGAGCCUGGAAGGGCAGCAAGCUGCUGGACAUGAACAAGAAGCCGGUAUCAGGAACUGUGAGGAUAAUAAAGAGCAGCUAGCAGGUAAGACUCUCAUGGAAGGUUAUAUCUCAGUCAAAGUGGCAAAUGUGAAUGGCAGCGAGGACAGCUUAGACAGCUGUCUGGGGUCCCAAAAGAGCUCUUUUAGGGCUCUCCCAGAGGAGUCCUGGGAUCCUGGCUUUGCAGUGACCCCCCCUCGCAGAGCCGACAAAGAGAACACUUUGCAAUGCAGCUCAAAAUCAUCUUUGCACCAGGACUUAGAUGCAAAAGAACAAGAUGUGAGACCAAAGCAAGAAAACCACCUGCAUGCCAUGGCCAAGGGCAAGGCAGGCUGCCAGCUGCACCCACCCGACAAGGGCACGCUCGACAAGUCCAAAGAGGGCUGGCUGCCCACUGGCGCCGUGCCAGCCGCCCACCGGCCCCCCGGCGGGCACCCCCGCGCCAAGGCAGCCUCCCUCAGAUCCUCUCGGAAGAGCAAGAAGGCAUCGGGGCUGAGGAUCAAUGACUAUGACAACCAGUGCGAUGUGGUGUACAUCAGCCAGCCCAUCACCGAGUGCCAUUUCGAGGCCCAGCGGCUGGUGUCCCGCAGGACGGCGAGGAAGAGCACCCGCGGCUAUUACUUCAAUGGGGAGUGCUGCGAGCUCCCCACCGUCCGCACGCUGGUUAAGGGCUCCCGGGCGGAGGAGAGGGCGAGCAGCCCGGCACUGCGAACAGAGACCCUCGUAAGUGCAAAGCCACCCCUGGUGCUCUCGGUGGAGGGGUCUGCAGGGGCAGGACGGGAGGGUGAGAAAAGGGUUUCCCUGAGGCUCCUGGCUAAAGUGGCACCAGCGAGCCGAGAAACGAAAGAGAGAGCUGAGCUGGGCUCCGUGCAGCUCCGGGAUACCCGAGCACUACGGUCAAGGGAAGCUGCUGCGGCCAUGCCAUUCUUCUCCCUCUCUGCUCCACCCAGCCCCCAGAAAGAGGACAGCUUGGCCAGCUCACCGCCACCUGGCUCCCCUCCUGCUGAAGGAGGGGAGUCGCCUCCCCUCAGUGCCACAGUGGGAGGCACUGUCACCUGGGAGGCUGGCAGUAGCCUGGGCUCCUCUGGGGAUGGCAGCAGCAGCAGGCAGGCUGCUGAUAUUGUUGCCUCUUCAGUCUCAAAAGCACACGGUGAGGAGGAAGGUUGUCCAGGCUCUGACAUACAAACUAUUCCAGACCUCCCUGCCAGUCCAGAGCCAAAGUCCUCCUCACAGCCCUCUGCUGCUACAGACACAACACCUCUGCCCUGUGAUCCUGCCCAGCUUCCAGGUUCAGGGGAUGCUGAGCUCUGUGGGCAGUGUCUGGCAGAGCCUUCCACAUGCUCUCCAUGCUCGCAGACUCCUGAUGAGCCCCCUGCCACCACGGAUGGGAAGAGCCCCCUGGGGCCCCCUGCCACUUUGCAGUGUGGGGAUGUGAACAAAAGCAUAGAUGCUCAACCAGAAGCCGAAUCAUCGGUCAUGGGUGACAGCCCUCUUGAGCAAGAGGAUGCUGUGCUCAUCAGCACACCCCUCCCCAAAAUCUUGGAAGUAGAGGCAAUGCAGAAUAACAGCUCAGCUGGUGAAAAAGAGCCCACUGAAGGGGAAAUGCCACCCGACCCAAACAGUUCAGACUCUGUCUCUUCCAAAGACAGUCUAGACAAGAAGCGGAAGAAAGGCAGGAGAGCACUAGUGGCAUCGGACCGGUGUCUCCGAAGCCAACGAUCCCCAUCACCUGCUGAGGGCAGUGCUGAGGACUCUGGUUCUUCCAGCUCUGGGCAGCUUACUUGCCUUCAGAUCAAACUCUCCAAGAGCCCUGGUGCUAAGCGGUUCAAGAGAGAAGUGCAGCUGGAUGAGGCAGCAUCCAUGCACUUCCCCGAUGACUGCUUCCCCAAUGUGCUGCUCAAAACCAGCGAAGAGCCAGGCAUUGGCCAGGCUCCAGAGAGCAUCACUGGGCAGCAGCCAGGCGAGGAGAAUGGUGUCACUACCAGACAAACCUAUAAAAGCAUCUUAGCAAAAGAGACUGCUGCAGAGGGAGAAAAUUCCUCUAAAGAUGACUCCUCUACUGACAGCAGCCAAAGUCAACAGUGUGAGAUGCUGGAAAUCAGCGUCCAGGCUGAUUCUGAGAAGAAAAAUAUUACCCUCCCUCCAGAGAACAGUGUUCCUGCAAAUGAUGCUGAGCAAGUGGAUGUGAAACCAGUCAAUGCUAGUGCAAAGGACAAAGAGAGCUCUGACAGUGUCAGGGAUCUGGGCAAGCCAGUGAACUAUGAGCUGGUGACCAAUUUGCCUCUGUGUCCCAGCAGCAGAGGUGGAAGCAAGCAUCUUCCAGCAAAAACUGCAAAGCAUAAAAAGGUUGCUCUGCAGUUUUAUAACUUACGACAUGCACCCUCACCUGUAGACAGUGCAAAAAAGAACACACCAGGGAAGGAGUCUAUGCAAGCAAUCCCCAAACUGAGGGAUGAACACAGUUCAGGGAAUGAUGACUGCCCAACACUAGAGGAUAUAGACAUGGCUGACAGCAAACCAAAGUUCAUGGAGUGGUGUGCUGAAGAGGAAAACCAGGAGCUCAUUGCCGAGUUCAAUACUCAAUACAUGAAAAUCCAGAAGGGCUGGAUUCAGCUGGAGAAGGAGGUCCAGCCAACCCCCAAGGUAAAGAACAGAGCCGACAAACUGAAAGAGAUUUGGAAAAGCAAGAAAAGAACACGGAAAAGCAGAGGCUCACUGGAAGUGCAGAAGCUUUCUCCUGUGCAGAUGCUGUUUAUGAAGGCCUUUAAGCUGUCUGACAUAUGCCAGUGGUUUCUGGAAACAACUGAAACCAGGUCUCUAGUGAUUGUGAAGAAACUCAACACCCGUCUCCCAGGGGAGAUUCCCCCCAUGAAAGUCCCCAUGCAGAAAUAUUCUUCCUCUAGUCUCUACCCCAGCUCACUACAAGCUGAACGUUUGAAAAAACAUCUCAAGAAGUUCGCUGCCACUACCCCAGCUCGGAAUAACCUGAAGAACCAAAAGCUUUGGGCCAAAAUUCGUGAGAAUGCUGAUAAAGCAGAGGUUGAAGAAGCCACCACUCCCAGCCAGACGUCUCCCACUGCUGCCAGCACCAAGGAGCUGAGUGAGGACAAAACCAUCCAGCCUGCCCUCAGCCUGCCCACGCAGGCCAGCACCAGGAUCCUGCGCAAGUACUCCAAUCUUCGGGGCAAGCUGCGAGCCCAGCAGCGCGUGGUGAAGGCAGAGAAGCGGAGUGAUGGCCCAGGGGACCAUCUGUCCCUGGAGAGCAAGCAGAGCCGGAAGAGUGUGUGCAUCAACCCCCUGAUGUCUCCAAAGCUGGCCUUGCAGAUCAAAGCAGCUGCCUUUCCUGCUAAAUCUCCCUCAGUGGAUGGAACGGGGAAGGGGCGGAAGGGGAAAAGCAGGUCCCAAGAGGACCCCUUGCCCAAAGUCGACCUCCAGCUCAGCAAGAAGAAGAAGAUGCUGAAGGAGAGCGGGAGCACCCAAGAGCGAUCCAGCUCUUCCACCAAGGACAAGCUGCCUGCCAAGAAGGCUGGUAAAAUAAAGCAUUCAGAGGUCAGCGUGAAAUCUCCCGCCACCCGAAAGCAGACUGCCAUGGAGAGGAGCAAUAAACUGGCCAGAAAAAUGUCUCUGAAAGAGAAGAGAGUCCCGAAAAAGCAGCUGGAGAAGAUGCGGCUCCCCAUGCGGAAGGGCAAGGAGAACACGAGCAGACGGGCCGUGCUGCCUCCCAGUCACGAGGAGCUCUCCAAGUCCCCAAAACAGAAGCCACUGGGGGAGUCCUCCACACGGUCACAGAAGAUGGCCAACAAGAAGCACAGCAGUGGGAAGACCUUGACAAGGUCCAUGAAGAAGAUGCAGGAGAACAGUGUGUCUCAGGGCAAGAGGAAGCUAAGGGCAAAAGUGGACUGUUCGCACAGCAAACGCUCACGACUGGACCCGAAAUAGCAAAGAACCGGUAGCCAUGUACAAAACUGAUGUAUAGUAGUAACCCUUUACCAUGCAUUAACUAAAGCUGCUUUUAUAAGCUGUAGCAAGCCUUUAAAAAUCCUCAGUUAAAGGAUAAAUGCCCAUGAUUUUAGGCAUCAGCAGAUGUGUCUUGGACAGAGAAGAGGUAGGUCUGUCUGGCUCUGCUGUUCAGAAGGAAGUUUCUGCAGUUUGAACGUUCCUUGGGUUCUUUUAAACUUAGAACCAGGCAGUUUUUGUUAAAAGUACAGUGCCUUAUUUAUCACUUUAAAAAUAAAAAGAAGCUCGUCUGUGUGAUUUGGAGGCUUGCGUUUUAUACUUGAGGCACAAGCACUUGUACUGUAGCAGAAAGAAAACCACCUUCGUGCACAUGAAGUAGCUUUUGUCAGCCUUUGGGUGCACACAAACAUUUCCCUUUCUUUCAGUCCUCCUUCUGUCUGUCUUCUUAGUGGCAUUUAAAGGAAAACCAAAACCAUUUUGCAUCGCUAAGGGAGAGAAAGGCGAGUCUGUCCAUUGUCGGUUCGCUGGUAGCAGUUGCUGGUGUCUCAGGCUGUUACCUGCAUGAGAAUGUGAAGUAGCCACUGGUGUGUGUACUGCUGAUGGCUGCCUGCUCCUCAGUGCACAGCCCGUGGCUGGGGAGGGCCCGCUCAGGAUGAGGAGAUGCCCUGGGGGCGCCGGGUACCAGGCUGCCACACCCACUGCUGCCAGCUGGGCGUGCUGGGCUGUGUCUGUCUUUUUUCUUGCUGGCUUCAGGGAUGAACCGGUCUUGCCAUGCUCUGCUUUUGGACAGACUUCCUUCUCCUAUUUCCUUGUCCUUGUGGUGAUUUCUGUGGUCUCUGAUGGCAAAGCUUUUCUGCAAUGCUUCGCUGAAGGUUGAAUCUUUCCCUUUUUAAGGGCUUGAGUUCCUGAUGUUGGUGCUCUGCAGGAAGGGAAUCUGGCCCUCACCUUGUGCUUUUGUGCACAUCUUGCCUAGUGCUCUCUGAAGCCAGGAUUUGCAGUUGAAAUAAGGUUGGGAUAAGGGAUUGGCUUGUGUUAAUUUUUUACCAUAAUUUGCAUUUCAGCCUUUUACCAGCAAGGUGCAGGAGGUUUGUCCUUGCUUGUGCCACAGAACAGGGUCAUAGUGCCUGUGUUUUCUUAGAAAAACCUGUUAGAAGUGCACAGAGUGCGCGGCUGUGCUGGUUCUGCUGGGCAGAGAUGACCAGCAGCUGGGGAGGGCUGUGGUCUGUGCCAGGGUAAGGUCCCUGUUCAACCAUUGCAUCCCCAUGGCUUCACUUUCCCAUUGCAGAGUCCGCUUGCAGGAAUCCCAAUGCCAGUCUCCUUCCAGACAUAAAACAGCAGUGCCUGUCAGGGCACUGUGUGGACCCUGAGGCUGCCAGACCUUUAACAGCUGCCUUGUUGGUCCUUGCUCAGCUGCUUGUCCCUGAUGAGAGCAAGGCUCUGAUGCAGCCCAUGAAUUCAAGAGAUGCUGGCCCUUGGAGCAGAUGCUGGAAAAGGAUUGGCUGCAAAGGGAACUGCUUUUCAUAGUUGGCAUUGAACCCCAGAUCUCAAAGCCUGGGGGCGGGAGGUGAAAGGCAGAUAAUUGUGUUAAAAUCUUUCAUUGUACUCCUUUAGUACAGAGGAUGAAACCAGGUGUUUGAUUUGCACUCCCUUCACAGAACACCUCUGGCUCUCUUGGAGGUACUCCCUUUCCCAAGCAUUGACACUCACAAUGCUGCGGCACAUUUUUCUCUUACUGUGAAAUGGCUGAUUAAAAAAAAAAAUCCUUUGCCUUUCCUUUGAAUUGUGCUAGAGUAAGUUAACUCUCUGAACAGGUAGGAAGUGAUUAAAUCUAGCCUGUCAGUCCCUGUACAGAUUAAUAUGAAGUUAUCUAUUACUUUAAUUUUUACUGCAUGCAUUAAAUAUGUCAAACAUUCCAUCAGAAAAGAUUUAAAAGCGUUUCAAGAGAGGUGUAAGGCAGGAGGGCACUGAUGGCAGUUAAGUGACUGAUCUGUACCUCUUUUGCAGGGUGUCUUUCCCUCUUGCUUCUCCAUCCUUACUUAUGGUCCUUCUCUGGUCUCUGGCUGGGGCCCAGCCACAUGGGCCCAGAUUUCCUCUCCUUCCUCGGGCCAGGUGUAGGUGUGAGCACACCUCUUACCUUUGCUGCUCGUGCCAUUCCCCUGCAGCAAAUCCCCUCUCCCCGUCCUUCACCUUCACUCCUGAAGCGCCUGCACUGGUCACCAAGCACCUCCUUGAGGCUUUCCCUCUCUCUUCUCUCAUUUUUUAGCUGCUGAUAAAUGGUAAAUGCAGGCCUGCCUUCUGUGCUUUGGGAGCAGGAAUCUCAUUAGGAAAAAAAACCUAUACAAAGCAAGUGGAAAGAGUCUUUCUAGAUGGGGUGCUGCUGUUCCAGUGUCCUGGAUGCCUUUGUGCACCCUGGGGCUUCACCAGCACAGAUUGGCUGGAGCAUGGCAAGAUUGGGGGACAGCAGGUGUCAUUGGUGCUGGAGUGGAGCAGCUUCUGGGCAUCUGUCCCAGCUCAGUGUGCACUGCUUGGCUUAGGCAGUGGUGGGAUCAGAACGCUGAGCUUCCCGGCAGUGUCCCUGACAGGCAGUGGUGACGUGUGCUGCUGAGGCACAGCCCCUGCUUCAGAGCAGUCUGUUACCAAUAAAUGUGGCUCUUACAUCAAGCAAGGGAUGCACAGGGAGCUGCAGAUGAGCUUAAUGAAUGGAAGAAAAUAAGCAGCAUGAUUUAGUACCUUAUUCCACAUGGACAUGGAGUGUGUUUCCGUGUGCUACAGGCACAGAGUUGCCCACUGGCACUACCACAGUGCCAUCCUCAGAUCCACAGCCUCAUUGCGCUCCUGUUCCCCUGGGCUACCCCACAGCUCCCUGCUCUACUUCUUCAGCUCUGGAUUUCAAGUGCUACAACCCACAAAGCAGAUCUCUUUCUGUUACUUUGGCUUUUCUUGCUGGCCACUUUCUCAUCUUAUUGAAACUAGUCUCCAUCAUGCACCCUGGUCCAUGAACGAGGAGCAGCAUCCUCUUAGCUCUGCACCUCCACAGAUGUCCUCACUGUCCCUCUACUGCCAGCCCCCCCUCUCAUUUUUCUCUCUCUGUUGUCAUCAGCAGCUCUGGGUCUUCACGCUUCACAUUUUCAGAAUCCGUCCAUCUUAAUUAACCACUGGGAGGAGCUGCGUUUGCCGAGCUCAGAGUCAAAACUUAUGUUGGUUCUGUAGCAAGAGCAUUGGAGCCCAGGAUGGCUCCUCCUACCCGUAGCUGUUAGUAUCUUGUUAAGCAAGGCCAGCCCUGGAAUGGGUUUCCCUGCUGACAGGGUGUGUGGUAUGUACCCAAGGUGUGCACAUAUUUAUAUUCAUCACUUACUCAUCCCUGGCAAGGUCCUGUUUGCCACUGUUCACUCUGUGCAGUGGGGUUUCUGUAGUCACUUGCCAGCCAGUCAGGGAGGCAGAUUUGCAGCAAAACUUCUCUGAAGAGCUGACCAGUCGGUGCUGAUGUUUCUGACAGACUUUCUGCUGCAUUGCUCAUCAAGGUCCAUGAGCUGUGAGAGCAGGAUGAAAUUGUUCCUGCUGCUCUCUUCACCCCUGUCCCUUCAGUGCUGGGGUGCCAUGCAGGGCUGGACUGAGCGGGCUGGCUGUGUGCCCACACCACUUUUUGCUGGUGUGCAGAUGAGCAAAGCUGCAGCCCAGCCCAUGUCCCAGCUGGUCUUGUGGCCCCUCUGGAAAUGCUGAUGUUUCCAAAAGCUCUGCCAGCUCCUGGUAACCUCCCAGGAAAUGGACAUGCAAUCAGUUAUACUGGUGCCCUGUUUUUAAGAUUUGCUGAUGCACACUUUUUCUCUCCAGCUCAUAAACUUUCAGCCUAACAAGUGCAUUCCCAGUUGAAGGUGACUGAGAAAGCUGUGAUUCCCAACCUUCCAUGGGUACAGGUAGUGCCUGGGGCAGCAUGGAGGUGUGGGUGACCAGGUUGGGCUCUCACCUUUCCACCAUCAGCAGUCAUGCCGGGGGAAGAGGGCUGAGCCCCAGCCAAGGUGUACUUGGGUCUGCAUCCUUGGGCUGUAUGCCUGGACAGCCAAGGAGCAAGACAGGGAUAGGCUCCUCCUUGACAGGGAAUGCCACUGGAGAUUUUCUUGUAGCAGUAGGUUUUUUGAGCAAACCACAAGGCUAUGAUGUCCCCAUGUCACGUGUGUUCCCCCUCCCCACCCCGUGUGUUGUAGCAUCCAUUUGGCCCAUCCUUCAGCUUGGUGGUUGUGAAAUGAAUCCAUCUGUUCUAAGAUGUUCUCAGGAGUUCUUGUUUGUAUUAAGCUCACCCUUAGGCUUAGCAGAAAUCACAGUCCCCAUCCUCCCUGCUCCCCUCCCCGCAGACAAGCCCUCUCUCUCACGAGCACUUCCACCUUCUCCCCGAAGGGCAGCAGAGGGCGGCUGGCGGUUUUGAUUCAGGGCACGUUGGCAGCUUUGGGGCAGCCGAAGGAGCUGGGAUGCAGCCGGCCAGCAUUUGUGACAUGGGUCUGGAGGCCAGGCGGUCCCACGGGCUGUAUUGCUAGCCAAUGUUUUCUAAGUCUGUUUGUAAGAGUACCUAAUUUUAAAAUGAAAUGUGAAUAUAUAUUAUGUGUAGGUGCCAUGUAAGAUAGUGUUGUGCUAGGCAGCAGGAUGCUAACCUACUUUUUAAGCUUUUUGGGGCAGGAAAAAGCAUUUUUCUCUCACUUCAUGCUCACAGAUCUAAUAUUGUAAAUAGGUUUUUUAAAUAUUUAUUUCAUGGGCUUUCCACAGGUUCUCGUUGACUGGUGUGUCGGUGGGUGGGGCUGUAUUGCCCAGCGUGCCGCAACCAAAGGGCUGGCGAUGCGUGCGGGGAUGGGAUGGGAUGGGAUGGGAUGGGGCAGGGUGGGGGGUGGUGAUGGUGGUGUUCAGUUUGGAUUUUUUGUCACGUCAGAGCUGAAGCAUUAACUCUCUUCAUCUCGUUUUGAUGAUGUCAGGCCUGGUUGAUGGCCACGGUCCCCAGGGAGGCUGUGAGCUCCCAUGGCCGGCCAGGAUGGCUGUUCCCCAGGACAGGGGGCACUGCAAGCAAUAAGAUUUGUAGUAAUAAUGUCUGCUGUGAUGGCAGGGGCUCUCGGGGCUCAGGGCCAGGUGGGAAUAACCCUGCUCCCGCUCAGUCUAGCGUGGCUUGGGGGGGUCUCUUGACCUGGAGGUACUCAAGGAGGUGUCCCCAGGGAUGCAGAAAGUGGGGGAUGCUGUCACCCCCAAGGAACCCCCCAAAACCACCGGGGCAGGGUAGGUAGUUGCUGGUAGCACACUCCCACUAGUGAAUUAUUGCCUUUGUGGGUACGGGUGACCCAAGGGAGCUCACCGCUGUCGCUGCUAGUCCUAGGGCUGGCUCCAGAAGGUCAUUUGCUCAUUUGCUAAUCAUUCUGUAAUUUUAAUUCUCCUUCUAGGAGCUUUGAGGUCAUUUGGUAAUUUUUGCUUAAGUGGGUUUAGGUUUUUUUUUCUUUGUUAACCCCCUUUUGCCUGGAAGUGUGGCUGGCUCUGACCUUCCAGUCCAGCUGUCUGUGUGGGGCAGUAUCAGCAGGAUCUGCUUUUAUGAUGAUGGGUCUCUGACUUUGGAGGAUGGAGUGAGGGGUGCUGCUGGGUUCCAGCCCUGCAGGACCCUUCACCAGUCCCACACUUCCUUCACCCUUGGAACAGGUGUGUAAAAAAAGACAAACAAAAAAAAAAAAGGAAAAAAGGAAACACACAGUAAUUUUUUUUCUUAGGAUGUAAAACAUUUGAAUAUUUGAAUAUCUCCACCCUGAUGGUAAAUGUUUUUCCUUCAUCUGUGUCUGCUUCCCUGGGAGAGUUUUGUUUCUCUGUUUGUUUCUAUAUGAAUUUUAGACACUGAGCUGAAAUUCCUCCUGUCCGGUACUGUAUGUUUGAGCCCAAGCAAUGUGAACUGUACAGACCAGCAGUGGGAAGGAGGAGCUGGUGACUGCACCUGGGAGAGCCGUGGCUUGGGAUGGCAUUCCCAGUUGGUGUAGGGAGUGGGAAGUACUGCGCCACAAGUUGGGAAAAUGAACUGUCUGCUGUGAAUUCUCGGUUGGAAAUGUGGAGAGGAGUUUCCAUUAGAUAAUGUUUACAUACCUCACCUGACAAACCUUUGAAAGUGUAUAUAUAAAAAAAAGAAAGAAAAUAAAAUUAUAUUAAGUUGCUUUAAAUCAAUAUGUAUAGCUAUAAGAGCUGGGUCAUUUGAACUUUGAAUAUGUAUCGAUUCUCUAAAUGUUGACAUUUUGUGAACUCUGUGCUCCUGUCUUUUAUUUCAUCCUAGCCUAUGAAAAAAGUUGUGUUCUUGUUCCAGGUAAAAGGUCCCUGACUCAGAUCUGAACUCCUCAAGGAUUCCCACCACCUUGUUUUCUUUUCUUCCUCACUGUCAGUAUUCACCCUAUGAGCUUUCUAAAGGUCCGUAUUUUAUUGCAGCUUAUUAAACGUUUCU